CUCGUGGAGCUUCAGUCAGAUGCACAGCUCUAAAUCGCUCUGACCGUCGCGCACUUUCUCAGAUGAGUUUCUGUUUCCAGCGCGCUGAGUUAGGCAGCUGGAGGACUGGUUCAUUUCAGCGAUGUCCUGGUCGCGUGCGCAGCGGUAAGUUUGUGGGGUGAUGUGAAGGUGAUUAUCAGCGGAGGAUCGAGGUUCGAGCUGCGGGAGGAUGAAUGUAUUUCCCCGGCUCGGAUUCUCAUUUCUGCUGCUCUUCUGCGCGUCUGUUUCUGCUCAAGGUUCAGAAUGUGGAGCUGGAUGUCAUCACGGCAUCUGUGAGCAGUCUGGAGAAUGCAGGUGCAGAGCAGGUUGGCGCGGUGCGGUGUGUGAUCAGUGUGUUCCUUCACCUGACUGUGUUCACGGAGUGUGUGAAGAACCCGGGCAGUGUGUCUGUGAGCGCGGAUGGACAGGAGCCUGCUGUGAUCGAGAGGUUCACCGGUGUUCAUCAAAGCUCUGCUCGGGAAACUCUACCUGUGUGGAGACCAGAGGAGGAGGACACGUCUGCCUCUGUUCUCCUGGACACACAGGAGAAAACUGCCAGCUGAAGAAAAGACUGUGUUCAGAGAACAGCUCUCGCUGUCAGAACGGAGGAACCUGUGUGAACACGAGUGACUCUUGUCUCUGUCCUCCUGGAUUCACCGGCUCGUCCUGUGAGCUCCACAUCAGCAAGCUCAAGCACAAACCCCGAGUGAAGGUGUCAGGUCCGGCUCACACUUUCCACAAGCAGCUGCAGCGUCCGGCCGAGUCUGAUCCGCUGGUCACCCGCAGCCAGAUCAUCUGCUUCUCUGUUCUGGGUCUCCUCACCUGUGUGGUGAUCCUGGUCACGACGGGCAUCGUCUUCUUCCCCCGCUGUGAGACGUGGAUGGCCAACACUAAGUACAGCCAGCUGGUGCGACAGCAGAGAGAUCUGAGAGCAUCUGACCACGAGCAGCAUUCACUCAACAUCAUCCUGCCGGAGAACAUCAAGAUGAGCAACUACAGCAGGCUUUACACGACCAUAUGAAGCUGAUCCAUGACCGAGCGCUUAGGUGCUUUAGACAAAAGAGAGAA